AUGUCUACUAUAACCGAAAAACGCAGCCAAGUCUGCGAUAAUUGCCGAUUCCGUAAGGUCAAGUGUGAUCGGGGCUUGCCCUGCAAGAACUGCAGCAUCGGGGAUCUUCGGUGUCAGUAUCGGCAUAGUAUUCGGAGGAAAGGUCCUAAGCAGGGCCAAGGGAGACGACAGGCGCAGUUGAGACAGGGUCUUGGGGGUGAUGGGUUCCAGUUUCAGAUUGUUACGCCGAGAGAGACUGGGCCGAGCAGAAGCGAGUGCGAGUCCCAGGCACAAACAGAGACAUGGGACCAGACAGACACACAACCACACGCACAGUCACAAGCAGAGUCACAACCACAGACUCGAGCACAAGAACAACAACAACAACCAUUACCGGGGACCAUUCCGGUCUCACAACCAGAUUUGAAUGAGACUCAUCACAUUGGACCAGACAUCCCAAGCCUAUCCAAUGACUCAAUCCUCGAAACCGAAGACCUCUGCAAACGCAUGUCUCAAUCCCUCACCGCCCACAUCCAACUCUUCCAGCGCUUCCUCUACCCAAUAAUGCCAGUCGUCGACGACGACAUCCUCGCCGACGCAGCCCGCCUAAGCGAAAUACCACCAUCACGAUACGCUCUCAUACUAGCGAUAUGUGCUGCUACACGAAUGCAGCUACGACUAGACAAACGCAUUGAUGGCUCCGACAAUGAGCUUAAUGCUGAGAUUCCACCCGAACCACAAUUGGAUGGGGAUGUUCUGGUGAAGCUUGCUGAGAAUUGCCUUCGGGAGUAUAGUGUCAUUGAUGAUACUAGUCUGGAUUCUAUACUUGUUUCUUUUUUCCUCUUUGCGAGUUAUGGAAAUCUCAAUGAUUCGCGUCAUGCGUGGUUUUAUCUUAAUCAGAGUAUUACUCUUGCUCAAGCACUUGACCUUACUCGAGAGUCAGGUUAUUACGGGUUACCCGAUGGAGAGCGGGAGAAGAGAAGACGAGUAUUCUGGCUACUCUUUGUUACAGAACGUACCUUUGCCCUCCAACACCGGCGAUCAGUCAUGCUCCGAAGCACAGUCAACAAACCCCAAGUAGUAGACUCCAACUGCCCCGUCGUAAUGCACGAUUUCAUAAACCACAUCCGCCUCUUCGAAUCCCUCCCCUACUCACUAUACGAAUGGCAGCCCGAGAACGACGACCGGCGCUUCGAAGAUUUGAAGCUCGUCAACACCAUCAAUGAUAAAUUAUGCAGCGUCCAGCCUGAGCAAUCUAUCAUUGAGAGCCAACGCUUCGAUACUCUAAUCACACAACAGUGGCUGAGGAUUUCCAUGUGGAGGAUAGCGUUUGGGCAGAAUCCGUCUUCUGCUUCUGGGUUUGGACUGUUGCUGCCUCCUGCGCUGCCUAUGGAUGCGGGAAAGAUUAUUAUGGCUGCUUUGGGAUCUGUUGGGACAAAGUCUAAGGAUUGUCAUGGCAUUGGAAUGGAGCAGAAGUUGUUUGAUGUCGGAGUCAGUCUCGCCGACACAGCGCAACUACCAGGCUGGUCAUACAACGCCCUCGACAACGGUCCUCGAGAUCUACUCUCGGUAGUCAUCCACGCUUUAUCCACUGUUCGGGGAUCACAAUCACAUCUACUUCCCAAUUUGCUAAAGCACUCAGAGACAUUAUUUGCAUUAUCAGACCCGAAUGCUCAUAUUGACCUGCAGUGGGAUAUGCUUGGUGAUGCAAGGAAUGCAAUUGUUGAAGAAGUUUCGGAGGAGAGUGAGAGCUCUGUUGACUCUUUGGCUUGGAUACCGGAAAGUGGACUUGAUUUGUUGGACUUGAGUACACCUGUUGCGACGACUACUUGGGAUGAUGGAAGUAUUACUUGUGAAGCGUUUGAUCCUGAUAUUGGGUUGUCUUUUGAUUGA